AUGCGUGCGGUCCUCCUGAGCCUCGGUGCAUUGGCAUCCGCCCAGCAGAUUGGAACCCAUGAGCAAGAGGAACAUCCCGCGAUGGCCCUCUGGACCUGUGAUGCUGCAGGUUGCUCGAAAGAGAUGAAGUCCCUAGUGCUCGAUGCGAACUGGCGCUGGCUCCACAAUGGCGAGUACACGAACUGCUACAAGGACGGCGACUGGGACAAGACCUUGUGCUCCGACCCCAUCACAUGCGCCUUGAAUUGUCACAUGGAGGGCAACUCGGAGGAGUCUUACAAGAGUACCUAUGGAAUCAAGGCUAUUGAGGAUGGCGUCGAGCUGGGCUUUGUCACCACCACCAAGUACGGAUCUAACUAUGGCUCUCGGGUCUACAUGCUGGAUGACGAGAACAACUAUCAGAUGUUCAAGCUCAAGAACCGGGAGUUCACGCUGACGGCAGACAUGAAAAAGAUGCCAUGCGGCCUGAAUGGCGCAGUGUACUUUGUGGAGAUGGACGCAGAUGGUGGGAAGGCUCGGAGUGGGGGGACCAACGCAGCCGGGGCCAAGUAUGGUACGGGCUACUGUGACGCACAGUGCCCACAUGAUAUGAAGUUCAUGAACGGCAAGGCCAAUACCAUCGGCUGGAACGCCAGCCACGACCCUCCCAUCGGAUCCUGGGGCAUCUGCUGUGCAGAGAUGGAUAUCUGGGAGGCUAACAGCCGUGCCACCGCCUACACACCGCACCCGUGCUCCAUCACCGGCCCAUACGUCUGUUCGGGCACCGAGUGCGGUGACAACUCCGCGGAUGAGCGCUACGACGGUGUUUGCGACAAGGACGGCUGCGACUACAACCACUACCGCCUCGGCGACAAGGAGUACUAUGGACGUGGCAGGGGCUUCACCGUCGACUCCAAAAAGAAGGUGACUGUUGUCACGCAGUUCAUCACUGAGGGCAACACGGAUGAUGGAGACCUCAUCGACAUUCGGCGGUUCUAUGUGCAGGAUGGGCGGGUCAUCCCAAACUCCAACAUCUCCAUUGCAGGCAUGACCGGAGAUUCUGUCACAGACGCCACCUGUGCGGCAAUGAAGACAGCCUUCGGAGACAUCAACGACUUCGCGCGCAAGGGUGGCCUCAAGGCUAUGGGGGAAGCCUUGCAGCGAGGCAUGGUGCUUGUCAUGUCACUCUGGGACGACUCAGACGCCAACAUGCUCUGGCUGGACGCGGACUACCCGCUGGACAAGGAUCCGAGCUUUCCCGGUGUGAACAGAGGCCCGUGCAGGACGGACACUGGUGUUCCCGCCUACCUUCGUGAGAAGUAUCCUCGUGCCCGAGUGCGAUACAGCAAAAUCAAGGUUGGCACCCUGGGCUCAACCUUCGGGGCAGGGGGCGACGAGGAGGACGAGGACGACGACAUCUACGGUGACGACAGGCAGAUAGGUUACACGGCAUUUGCACAGAUAGACUUGCAUGUUUCAACCAGUCCGCUAGUUGAGAUUGGAAAGUCGGCCAGCUGGUACCGCCGCGACAACCACCCCAAGCACAAGGACGACGGAGAGGUGGCAGAGGUGGCGGAGGCUCCGGGUGAGGCUCCGGAGGCUCCGGCGGAGGCUCCGGCUGCGGCGGCAGAGGCCACCUGGGCCAGCUGGGCCACCGGAUGCAAUUCUCGUGGUUUCACAGAAAAGUUUUCAGGUGACGAGCUGUUCCUGAACAUCUGCGAUGCCCUGGAGGCGUCAGGGCUUGGAGCUCUGAGCAGCACGAGCACGAGCUUGGCCAGGCACUUGCGGAGCGAGGCGGCCUGGCGCCAGGCUUGCCAUGCUUACGGGGGCAUGCACGCGGCCAACGCCAAGACCAUGUUGCAAGGGAUGCUGAGCCUCCGGUUGGCCUGGGAGCCGCUCGGCACCGUGCCAGCGCCACCGGCCAGAGACCACCACGUGACCUUCGCUUCGUCUUCUGGUCUGCUGGUUUUCGGAGGCAAGCAGCUGCAUCAGCGAAGCUUUUUGAGUGAUGUGUGGUUCCUGGACGCUGCCACCGGUCGCUGGGCAGAGGCCGCAUCGAGCGGCGAGGGCCCUGCGCCUAGGGCCUUCAAUGCUGAUGGCUGGGGCACCGGUGGCGUUCUCCAGGACAAUCUCGGCCGCGAGUGGCUUGUGGUUUUCGGUGGUUUGCGAGGCGAGGGUUUCCGAGACAACGAGACCUGGGCACUGGGCCCCUUGGUCGGCGGCCUCGAGGCAGCGGGCAGCUGGCAAUGGCAGGAGGUCCAAGGAGGCUCUGGGGCCCAAAGCCGUGAGAGGCCCACUCCGCGGUUCCACCACACGCAGACAGUUCUUAGGCCGUCGGCCUUGGCGGUUGUGGGCGGCCACAACUUCAUGGUCAGGCCAAUUCUGGAAGCCGCUCUGCUCAGCUUCGAGGGCCUGGAGGAUCAAGGAUUGGACGAGCUGCGGUGGCGUUUCCUGGGGACGGAAGGUGCCCCGGAGCCCCGGGCGUACCACGCGGCCACCGAGUGGCGCAAGCAGCUGGUGAUCUUCGGUGGCGAGGUGCGCAGCCCCUUCAGCGGCUUCGAGGCUUUUGCAGCUGCAAAGAACAGGAGAGGAGAGGCCCUUAGAUUCUUAGAUCCUUAA